ACUAGAGUUCAUAACUUAAUUACAGCGUUUACGACAACAUACAUGCGUUUUCAAUCUGAUUUAAUCCGUCGCUCAUUGUGCAUGUAUUUGUAAAGCGUCUGUUCUUUCAGUUUCUACUACAAUGCGAAAUAAAAAUGUCUAAGAGAGGUCGAAAGACGUCCGCGAUUGUUGCGCCAAAAUAUCAGUCGAUCACAAACUUUUUGAACCAAGAAAGCAAGAGCCAAUAAAUGCCGAAUCAUUCGUGUUAACAUUCUUUUUAAGUUUAAAGUUUAUAUUAUGGAAUGUUUCAAGGGUAAAAGAUGUUAUGAAACAUCUGUUUAUUAAAGUUAAUUAUAAUUGUUUACAGUUUUAUUGAAUCAAUACAAGUAUGCAGCUUCAACAGAUGAAAAGCAGAAAUGAUUAUAAGUUGUCAAGAUGAUAAAGAAGGCAGUGUGUGAAAUUUGCAAGGAUGCAGAACAUAAAUACAGAUGUCCUCAGUGUAAAAUAGUAUACUGUUCUCUGGAAUGCUACAAACAACAUAAAGACUUAUGCCAGUCAAAGCCUCGAACUGAAAAUGUGACAGCUUCUCCCACAAGCAUCCAAUCACAGCUGUCAGAUAUUCCUGAGUUUGAACUGACUGAAGAUGACACAGAAGACAGAGUUGGACUUGACCAAUUGAAGGCACUUGGGUCAGACAAGAGCUUGAAGGAGAUGCUUGCAAACCCCCACCUGAGACAGAUGUUAGUGGCACUCGUGCAGUCAGAAAGCCCUGACCAGAAGCUGAGGCUUGCAAUGCAGGAACCCAUCUUUACUGAGUUUGCUGACAAGUGUCUGCAUCUGGUGGAAACAGAAAGUCGUAAUGGUGGAAGUUAGAACUGUUGUCUGUUUAUGUGACUUUUAAGAGGCUCACGGAGCAGCCUGCACUCAAUGUUGUUACACAGUCUUUGUCACUGAAAAUGCUGACAUGUGAACAUAAUGAACACAUGAAAACUGAGUGAUGGAUGGGGAUAUUAGUACUGUUAUCUGUCGUAGACAUGUUGCUUACAAGUGGAUACACUGUAAACGGUGGUUUAUAAAUCAUGGAAGUUUGUAUAUAAUCUUUAUGCUAGCCAGUCAUGGAUUGGCCUGAGGAAGUGCUUGAUGGUAUCAUUUUGAGUGACAGUGUAAAAGAUACAUGUUUAUGUUAGUUAGGGAUUGACACAAUUGGUAACAAAGUCCGUUGCAAAACUUUAAUGUAAUGGGGAUAUAAAAUUCAUAUAAUUGUUUUAGCAGAGUGUUUACACUAGUUGCUCAUUAAUACCAAAUUUUAUAAAAUAAAAUGUGUCAGUUAGAGAACAUUUUUCAAUCGUUCUAACAAAUUUCCAUGAGUAGUUCAUAAAAUAUUGUAUGUGGCAAGAACGAAUGUUAUAUCUUUUUAGCUCACCUGAGUACAAUGUGCUCAUGGUGAGAUUUUGUGAUCGCCUUUUCGUGCAGCGGCAACAUUUUUCUUGUUAACACUCUAGAGGACACAUUUUUUAUCAGAUCUUCAUGAAAUUUGGUCAAAAGAUUUGUCUGAAUGAUAUCUUGGACGAGUUCAAAAAUGGUCACGGUUGCUUGAAAAACAUGGCUGCCAGGCAGCAGGGCAUUUUUCCUUAUAUAGCUUUAUAUAUGGCUAUGGUAAAACCUUUUAAACACCUUAGAGGCGACAUUUAUCUUCAUGAACCUUGGUCAGAAGAUUUGCCCCAAGGAUAUCUUGAACAAUUUCGAUAAUGGUUUUGGUAGGUUGAAAAACAUUUCUGCCAGGGAGUGGAGCAUUUUCCUUAUAUGGCUGUAGUAAAAACUUGUUUACACUCUAAUUCAUUGUGACAUUUAUUGUCCAAUCUUCAUGAAACUUUGUCAGAACAUUUGUUCUAAUGAUAUCUUGAACAAGUUCAAAAAUGGUCCGCUUGCUUGAAAGACAUAGCCGCAAAGGGGGGCUGGGCAUUUUUCCUUAUAUGGCUAUAUAUUACUAUAGUAAAACCUUGUUAACGCUCUAGAUGCCUCAUUUUUUGUCUGAUCUUAAUGAAACUUGGUCAGAAGAUUUGUCCCAAUAAUAUUUUGCACGAGUUGGAAAAUGGUUCUGAUUGGUUGAAAAACAUGGCGACCAGGGGAUGGGGCAUUUUUCCUUAUAUUGCUAUAGUAAAAACUUGUUUACACUCUUCAGUUUAUUGUGACAUUUAUUGUCCAAUCUUCGUAACACUUGGUCAGAACAUUUGAUUAAUUAUAUCUUGGAUCAGUUAAAAAAUAGUUCUGGUCUGUUGAAAAACAUGGCCGCCAGGGGUCGGGUAAUUUAUCCUAAUUUGGCUAUAGUAAAACUUUGUGAGCACUCUAAAAGUUUUAUUUAUUGUUCAUUCUUCAUGAAACUUGGUAAGACCAUUUGUUCUUAUGAUAUCUUAUUUAUUGCAUGCUUUCUAACAAAAGAUCAAACCUUUAAUUUACCUAAAUAUGUUGAUAAAUUGUUUAUUAAAUAGAUUCUGAAUGGUAUUUUUUUCAUAUAUAAAUACACAUCAUGUAUUGGUCAGUCAUGGAAUUUGUGAGCUCAUGAAAAUGCAAACACGUUAAUUAAUGUUGUUUAUACUGAAAAACGAUAUACUGCGUGUGUUAUUUGUGAUGCCGUAUAUUUUAUAUAUUUGUAGAAGAAAAACGGUUUAAAAAAAUGAAAUUUUUCAUUUAAAAACUAAGAUUCAAUAAAUAAGUAAAAUUAA